UCUCCGCUGAGAAACAGAGGGACUCCAGCAGCGCAUGAGGAGGAAAAUCUCAGCGUAAGAGAGCAGAUUCAGUCCAGCGAGAGCAGAUCCACAAACUGAAGAGCACAUCAGCAGAGAACGCAGACACAGAGACAGCAGCCACAGAAGUAAGUGCACAUAAAAUCCAGCAAUCAGCAUAUCAAUCCAAAAAAAAGUUGCAUGGAUGCUGCAUUGAGGAGACACGUGGCUAAAUCCCAGCACUUUUCAGACUGAAGCUCGUGCUGUGUUUUGUAAUGUAAUUAGAUCCUGAUAAUGAUUACGAAUCACUCCUGAGGCCAAUAAUGGAGCUGUCCAGCUCCGCAAACCUCCAGCUCAACAAUUCUGCAGGCUUCAAGCGAGUGUGUCGGCUGGAGGAUGAGCUCUGCUGUCCGUUUCCCAACCUCCCAGCCGGCGUGCUGGAGAUGAGAGUCAAAGAAGGCAGUAAAAUCCGCAAUCUGAUGGGCUUCUCCAUGGCGCGGAUGCAAGACGGAGCCGCACUCCGACAGGUGGUGUUCAGCGGCUCCGGACGUGCCGUCACCAAAACCAUCACCUGUGCGGAGAUCAUGAAGAGGAAGAUGCCGGGACUUCAUCAGAUCAGCAAACUGCAGUACCGGGGCUUGCGGGAGGUGUGGGAGAGCCAGGACAGAGGAGAUGCCCAAAUGACGGUGCACCGGACACUCCCCUCCAUCAGCAUCCUGCUCUCCAAGGACCCCCUGGACCCACUGGAGCCCGGGUACCAGCCGCCAGAGGACCACCAGGACCUACCACUAAAGCAGGAUCCGCUGGAGCCUGGGUACCAGUCAUUAAAUGACACCAAGGACCUGCUGGAGCACGGGUACCAGCCACUAAAGGGUCCCAAGCACCUGCUGGACCCCAGGUUACAGGUGAUUAAGGACCCCGAAAACCUUCUGGAGCCAAAAAAAACAGGAUCUGCUGGAGCCCGGGUACCAGGCAUUAAAGACACCAACGACCUGCUGGAGCCUGGGUACCAGCUGAUAAAGGGCCCCAAAUACCUGCUAGAGCACAGGUACCAGCCACUGAAGGACAGCAAAGACUCGCUGGAGCCCAGGUUUCAGGUGUUAAAGGACCCCAAGAACCUGCUGGAGCCCAGGUUCCAGCCAUUAAAGGACUCCAAGGGCCUGCUGGUGCCCGGGUACCAGCAACUCAAAGACCCCAAGGACCUGCUGGAACCCAAGUUUCAGAUUAUAAAGGACCCCAAGGACCAGCUGGAGCACAGGUAUCAGCUGAUAAAGGACCCCAAGGACCUGCUGGUGCCCGGGUACCAGCCACUAAAAGACCCCAAAGACCCGCUGGAGCCCAGGUAUCAGCUGAUAAAGGACCCCAAGCACCUGCUGGAGCCCGGGUACCAGCGUCCACAGAUGGUAGAGAAGAAGAGAUCUGGAGAACCGUCUGCUGACUGUCUGCUGGAGCCGCAGGUGAAGAGAGUGUGUGUUUGAGGAUGAGGAGUGUGUUCCAGAUCUGCUUAAGAACUGUUCGAAUGAGACUCAAAAUUGUGACUUCAGCUUUCAUAUAUUGGCAUUUAGGGAAUCUUUCACAGGCAUUUCAAAAAUUGUACAAACAAUUAAACAUUUUUAAAUUAAGAUGCAUGUAGUAGAAAAGCAAAAUGAAAUCAUUCCCCCCUCAAGUCUCUCAGUUGUGAUGUUCAUCAUUUUUGCUCAUUUUUGAUUCAUUAAUAAAAGGUUCGUCAUUUUGCUUCUCGAUUAGCUUGAUUUAUGAAAAUGCAGAUGCACAUCGCUCUAUUGAUUUUUGUGCUUACAACAUCAUUACCUGAUCUAUUCAGACAAGCAUUGCCACUGAAUGCAUGAAUUGAUUAAAAAACUAGUGAAAGCACCCUCCAAAUGCAGUGUAUUUAUGAACAAAUCUGAGAAAUGUCCUCAAAAUCAGACUCAAAACCUUGACUUUCAGCAUUAAUAAUCAUCUCAUAAUUAACUCCUCUGGCAUUAAGGCCAUGAGGAAUCUUUAAUAGUCAUUGCACAAAUGGCUCUUCACUUCAAAAUGUGUGUGUUGUCCUCAGUGUUUUGGGUUUAUUAACAUUUUAACAUUCUUACAUCCAGAUACAUUUAUUGGAGAAGAAAACUGCAUCAAAAAUAAAUUAGUCGAUGCUUAUUGGAGACGCAAAAUGAAGGAAACGUGUAUAAAAAUGACAUUUUGUUAAUGUUUAAAAUAAAUGACCUCACUGGCUGGACAAUUAUGAGAGUUUAUAUUGCAUUUUUCCAUAAAAUGUCCAUCAUUGUGCUUCUCAAAGAGCUCUAUGUGUGUUUAAGAAUUGAGAAUUGA